UCUCUAGGAUUGUUACCUAACUACUGACUGUGGCCGAGGCCGAGUGCUGAGAGGUCACCCAGUUCUCGAUUAAUUCGUUCGUAAUUAUGGAGAAUCUGAAGAAUUUGAUUGAUUUGAAGAAAUUCGGGAAUUAUCCGGAGGGAUACGACCCCGCCAGACACGGACCCUACGACCCAUCGAGAUAUUAUGGAAAACCUGAUACUCCCUUCGGAGAAGUGAAACUGGGAGAACUCCCAGCUUGGAUUUCUAGACGAGAGAAAGGACCACGACAGUUCUUAGGAUUAUGCUCCAGAGCAUUCUGGCGCUGGCAAAUGAAGUACAUUCACCCACGCAAGGCGAACAUGGCACCAAUUUGGCAAUUGUGUGCCGGAGGCAUGAUAUUAUUCUAUUCCCUUAACUAUCAGCGUCUCAGGGGACACAGGAAUUACGUGUAUCACUAAACGAACGAGUUUCGGAAGCUGUUAGUU